AUGAAGUUCUCAACCUUCGCCCCUCUUGCACUACUCGUGGCAGGGUCGUCUGCAUCGGUCCUCAAAGAUCGGGCCGUGGCCAAUAACAAUUGCGGGCGUGCAAUCGUUGGAACUGCUAAUGGCGCGUCAUCUCUGUCGAAGGCCAAGAUGGAUUGUAGCUCCAACGUAAUUUCAUACACAACCGUCACAAUUACGCCCUCUGCUUUGACGUUUACCACAACUACUCAGCUGCUAUCGACAAUUUCAGCGACAACGACAGUGACAGUUACUGGCAGUACGACAAGCACAAUUCCAACAAUUGCGGUGCAAACGAUCACUUCUAUCGUCGUGGCCACUUCGUCGGUUACUGUCACAGUGCCAGCUCAAUCCUCAACUAUUGAGCCCGCGAAACGUGAUCUUUCAAGACGUUCUGCUACUAUUCCCGCUUAUGCUUCGGCAUGCACAAACUUUGCAGAAUAUGCAUCCGCUUGUGCUCUUGCAGGAGUCACUCAAGGCACUUCAACCCUUACUGUCACAGCACCUGCACAGACUUCCACUCUCACAAGCUUGACGACAUCGAUAUCAACCAUUCUUCAAACACUAUCUACCGAAUCAGACCUGUUAUUCACCCAGUACAGCACCAUCUCGAGCUUCACUACCCUAAGCACCACCACCACUGUCCUUGCCACAGCAACAGCAACCGCUUGCGUUCCCUCGGUUCCAGCAGGCAACGUUCUCACCAACCCAGGAUUCAACGACGGCGCUUUCGAUGGCUGGAACCCCGGCGGAUACGGCGGGUUCUCCAACACAAUCGUAACGGACGCUGAAUGCGGUCCCUACGGCGCAGAGUUCUCAGUUGACGCAACCGAUAGCUAUGGCCGCAUAGCACAAGUUUUCAAGACUCUCGACGCCACCAAGACGUAUCAAAUCCAAACCUACGCAAAACUGGUGUCUGGCAAUCCCGCGUACUGCUAUUAUUACGUUACCUGUCAGAUUCCUGACAACAUGUCAUCAGCGGGCAACGUGAUUAUACAGACGCCUGUGAGCAGUAUUCCAUCUACUUGGACUUUGUUCACGGUCACUUGUCCGGCGGGGUCGAGUUCGCUUACGAUGUCGAUCUCGCUGCAGUGCAACCAAGGUACAGGUCCAGUUACUAUUGGAGUUGAUGAGACAGCUAUGUAUCCGAUCAGUUAG